UGCUGACUGAUGCUGUGAGGGUGAGAAGAAAAAAGACAAAUCCCUGUGCAGCUCGCUGCUGCAUCCCCAUCCCACAAUGCUUUGCCUCUUUUGCUGCAGUCUUUCAGUGCCAGCUUCCCAGAGAAAAGCCAUGCACUAAAUAAAUAAAGAUUGAUAGGUUUGAAUGCUAUCGAGGGACUCUAAAAUAAUCGAUGACCCAGAACCUGUUCUGGUUUUUUUUUUCUUCCCUGAUGAGAGAAGCUGCAGCUGCCUAUCUUGGUUCUGCUACGUUGUGCCGGUGCGUCAUUGCUGUACCAGGAAUCCAGCAUCAGCCACUGAUACACGGUUGUGUGGGAAUGGCUUUCAUACGGAGGAUUACUUGCCCUGCCUCUCCAUGCAGUGUGCCUGGAAAUCUUUACUAGCAAGGAUGAUGCUUUCUCCUUUGGGAUUUUUUGUCUCUUGUUGCUACAAUCGGUCUUUUUGCUGAGAACAUAGAUUUGAGUACAUAGAUUUGCCAAGGACAAUGGUGUGCAAGGUGGAAGGGAGCUUAACCCACAUGACAGUGGUCUAGGAUGGCCAGUGAAGGCUCCAAUAUCCCUAGUCCUGUGGUGCGUCAGAUAGACAAGCAGUUUCUCAUCUGCAGUAUAUGCCUCGACCGAUAUAAAAAUCCAAAGGUACUUCCUUGUCUGCACACAUUUUGUGAAAGGUGUUUGCAGAACUACAUUCCAGCUCACAGCUUGACCCUUUCUUGCCCUGUCUGCCGUCAGACAUCAAUCUUGCCUGAGAAGGGCGUCUCUGCUCUACAGAAUAAUUUUUUCAUUACUAACCUGAUGGAUGUGUUGCAGCGGAGUCCAGAUAAUGGCAUUGAGGAAUCCUCCAUUCUGGAGACAGUGAGUGCAGUCGCAGCGGGAAAGCCAUUGUCUUGUCCCAACCAUGAUGGAAAUGUGAUGGAAUUUUACUGCCAGUCGUGUGAGACUGCAAUGUGCCAAGAUUGUACAGGAGGGGAGCACGCUGAGCACCCCACUGUGCCACUUAAAGACGUGGUGGAACAGCAUAAAGCUGCACUUCACACACAGCUGGAUGCUGUCAAGAAAAGGUUACCUGAGAUCGAUUCUGCUCUUCAGUGUGUAUCUGAAAUUGUAAAUCAGUUAGCCUCACAAAAAUCUAAUAUUGUAGAAGAAAUACACUCCACCUUUGAUGAUCUCCAGAAAACCCUAAAUGUACGCAAAAGCGUCCUUCUUAUGGAACUUGAAGUGAACUAUGGGCUAAAACAUAAAGUUCUCCAAACACAGCUCGAUACGCUAAUUGAAGGUCAGGAGAGUAUUAAAAGUUGCACUACAUUUACUGCACAGGCACUUAACCAUGGGACAGAAACAGAGGUUUUGUUAGUAAAGAAGCAGAUGAGUGACAAACUUAAUGAGUUGGCAGAACAGGAUUUCCCAUUACAACCACAUGAGAACGACCAGCUGGACUUUAUUGUGGAAACAGAGGGAUUGAAAAAGUCCAUUCACAACCUUGGAACUAUCUUAACCACAAAUGCUGUGGCCUCUGAAACAGUGGCCACUGGAGAGGGGUUGAGACAAAGUGUGAUUGGACAACCUAUGUCAGUCACCAUAACAACGAAAGACAAAGAUGGAGAAUUAUGUAAGACUGGAAGCGCUUAUAUUUCAGCAGAGCUACUCCGACCGGAUGGCAGUGGUACUGAUGGUGAAAUAGUUGAUAAUAAAAAUGGUACCUAUGAAUUUUCAUAUACAAUUCCAACAGAAGGUGAUUUUACUCUGUCCCUAAGACUUUAUGAUCAACAUAUAAAGGGGAGCCCCUUUAAACUGAAAGUAGCUAAAUCAGCAGAUGUUUCACCCACCUCAGAAGGAGUUAAGAGGAGGGUGAAAUCACCUGGAAGUGGUCAUGUCAAGCAGAAAGCUGUGAAGAGACCUGCCAGUAUGUAUAGCACAGGAAAACGGAAAGAAAACCCAAUAGAGGAUGACUUGAUCUUCAGAGUUGGAACUAAGGGAAGAAACAAAGGUGAAUUUACAAAUCUUCAGGGGGUAGCAGCAUCCACAAAUGGAAAAAUCCUAAUUGCAGACAGUAACAACCAGUGUGUUCAGAUAUUUUCAAAUGAUGGACAGUUCAAAAGCCGCUUUGGUAUUCGAGGCAGGUCCCCAGGUCAGCUUCAGCGACCUACAGGCGUAGCUGUACAUCCAAGUGGUGACAUCAUCAUUGCAGACUAUGAUAACAAGUGGGUCAGCAUCUUCUCGGCAGAUGGCAAAUUUAAGACUAAAAUUGGAUCAGGAAAACUGAUGGGACCUAAAGGUGUUUCUGUUGAUCGCAAUGGCCACAUCAUUGUGGUGGACAACAAAGCCUGCUGUGUGUUUAUUUUCCAGCCAAAUGGAAAAAUAGUAACCAGGUUUGGUAGCCGAGGAAAUGGGGACAAACAGUUUGCAGGUACACUCGAUGGUCCUCAUUUUGCAGCUGUCAACAGUAAUAAUGAAAUCAUUGUGACAGACUUUCAUAACCACUCGGUUAAGGUAUUUAACCAGGAUGGUGAGUUCAUAUUAAAGUUUGGCUCAAAUGGAGAAGGUAACGGCCAGUUUAAUGCUCCAACUGGCGUUGCAGUGGAUUCCAAUGGAAAUAUAAUUGUAGCUGAUUGGGGGAACAGCAGAAUACAGGUUUUUGAUGGAAGCGGAUCAUUUUUAUCAUAUAUUAAUACAUCUGCAGACCCGCUUUAUGGGCCUCAGGGGCUUUCCCUGACAUCAGAUGGUCAUGUGGUUGUAGCAGACUCUGGAAACCAUUGCUUCAAAGUUUAUCGAUACCUGCAGUAGCUAAAGGGCCAUACAUAGCAUUAUUGUAAUAUUGCAUUGUAUUUGAACCAGCACCUUCACGCAAGUUGGAUGGUUAAAAAAAAAAUCAUGCUUCUAAAGAAGUGAUUUCCAAAAGAUUUUAUUUAACCAUGUUUACGGUCUGGCGAUGACCUGUUUUUCUUUAAAGUGUUUCAUCACUAUGAAUUCAAAAUGAACUUGAAAGCUUAUCAGAGGAUGGCAUUAACGUGUUAGAGGAACCUUAACACAACAAUGUAAAUGACUCAUCUUGUGCACUUAGGUCGUAGACCUUUUAGAAUAUAUACUCACGGAAUGACGACUCCAUAUACAAGUUUCCAAAUAACUAUUAACCAGUUGUUAUUGCAUAUUUCUCCAACAAUGAAAUCUGGGAGUCUUCUAACCCAUGUAUAUUGGUAGCUGUUGUGUAAUAAAGUAGAUUGUACAACUGUACAUUAAUAUAGCAUUGCAAAAACAGUGUAAUCAGUAAAAACAUUUUCAAGCUGUUGUCAUGUUUGUAAUUAUAACACAAAGCUAAGCAGCCUUUUUAGGCCAUGUGCAUUUCUAUUUAUUCCUUGGUAUACUGAUACAACGAGCAUCAAUUCAGUACAUAUUGUUCCAUUUUCAUGCAUUCUGGCAAUAUUAUUUUUUUAUAAAACAGAAAAAAAAUACAAGUUUCAUAUUAAAAUGUAGUCAGAUUUUUUUUUUUUACUUCUAAUUUCCCAUGAGGUCAUGCUUUUAUUAAUAACUUACUAUGAGGAUGCAAAGGGGGAACUGAAACAUUAUUGCAUGCUCCCUUCCUAAUAAGACAUCUUCACAUACAUUGUUCUAAAUAUAAAGGAAGCAGAAGGACAACAUAGGCUGCCUUGCAAUGGAUGAAUAGCCAUACAAAAAUUGGGUUGGGCGAGUAGUAUUUUGAUAGCACUUUUCCAACAAUUUGACUACAUUAAAAGUAGUAGUGAUGAUCUAAUUUGAAGAUUAUGCAAGAGAAAAUUAGAGCAUGAUAAGUCUCCAUGUCUUAAAUGUGAGAGGAAUUAAUUUUUUUCCCCCUGUGCACACCUUUUGCCUUACAUCUCUUUUGGUAGUGAAAACAGAACCAAGAACAGAGAGAAACAUAUAGAUAAACUGGUGGUAAAUGUAUGGUUUUAGGUUAUAGAAUUGCCUGGAAUAAGGGAAAGAUGGAUCUGUUGGGAAAAGUCUGUUUUGAAGUAAGAUUUUGAUAAAAUAAAAAUUUUUCAGUUUUUUGAAGGAACACUGGAAUGAUAUGUUUUAAUCAUGUCUUCAGAAUUCUGUAAAUUGCAUUUGACCAAUAAAUGGCUAAAUAAUGA